AUGCCCAAAAAAUUUAUAAGAAAGCCUGCUCCGAAAUUCGAGACAAAUGCGUAUUUUGAUGGCGUAAAGAAAAUUAGUUUAGAAGAUUAUAAAGGAAAGCAAGAAGGUGGUUUAGGAAAUAUUUCUUUUCCUUUAAUUUCUGAUGUAGAUAGGAAAAUUGCUACCGAUUACGGAGUUGUGGUUAACACAGGCGUUGAUUAGGGUGCUUGCCUAAGAAGAGGAGAACCUGCUUUAGAUGCUGCUGUGGAAUUGUUUUAUAAAAAAAUUCUUGAUGAUUCAAGAGUUUCAUAUUUUUUUAAAUCAACAGAUAUGACAAAAUAAAAAAAAUAAUAAAAAGCUUUUCUCUCUAUGGUCCUUGACGGGCCUAAAAAUUAUAAUGGAAAAAAUAUGAAAGAUGCCCAUGCAGGAUUGAAUAUAGAAGAAAUUCAUUUUAAUGCUAUUGUGGAAAAUUUAGUAAAUACUUUAAAUGAACUAAAAGUAGAUGAAAAUCUAAUUAAAAUUAUAGGAAAUGCUUUAGAACCUUUAAGAAAAGAUAUUUGUAUAGACAUUAAUAAACACAAAGAAUCUUUUAAAUUAUUUAUAUUAAUGGUCACUGGAGGUCCUAAAAAGUUCACAGGUAAAAAUUUAAAAGAAGCUCAUUCAAAUAUGAAAAUAAAUGAUUUACAUUUUAAUGCUUUUAAAGAUAACUUUUUAUAAACAUUAAAAGAAAUGUAAGUAGACCCUUAAACAUUUUAAGAAAUAAUUGGACUAUUUGAAUAAUAACGAAUUAAUUUAGUUAAUGUAAAACUUCCAUUAAUUGAAAGAAUAGAAGGAGAUAAGGGUAUUCAAUAAAUAGUUGGAAGAUCUUCUGAUAGAGUUUUACAAGAUCCUAGAAUUAGAAAAACAUUUUUAAAUAUAGACCUUUAAAUUUUAAAAACUAUUAUUGGAUAAAUAGUAUAAUAUGCAAUUAAAGGAUAAUAAGUAUAAAUUAAUGGCAAAAGCAUGAAAGAAUAUUGCUAAUAAUACAAUUUUAAUGAUAUGCAUUAUAAUUUGAUAAAAGAUAACAUAUUAUAAGGAAUGAAAGAUGUUUAAAAAGAUCCAAUUAGCAUAAAUGAAGUAAAUUAGUUGACAGAAAAUUUAAGAAAUGAAUUUGUUUCUGUAAAAAUAUCUAUUUAUCAAAGAAUUGGAGGAGAAGAAUCAAUUAAAAAAUUUGUUCAAAUUUUCUAUUAAAAAAUCCUAUAAGAUCCAAGGGUCAAAGAAUUUUUUAAAUCUAUAGAUAUGUAUAAAUAAAUUGAUAAUUAAAAUAAUUUCCUAACUAUGGUUUUAGGAGGUCCAAAUAAUUAUAAAGGAAGAAAUAUGAAAGAAGCGCAUUAACAUUUAAAGCUAAAUGAUAUGCAUUUUAAUGUUAUUAAAGAUCAUAUAUGUAAAACUUUAACUGAAAUCGGAGUAGAUAAUAUUACAGUUUAAGAAAUUGCAAAACUAGUUGAAACUUUAAGAAAAGAAAUUGUCUCCAUACGUCCUCCUUUAUUUGAAAGACUUGGAGGAGAGAAAACUUUGACUUUAAUUGUGGAUAAAUUUUUUGAUAAACUCAUUAAUAAUUAAGUCAUUGGGUUUAUAUUUAAAAAUGUUGACCCUGUAAAACACAAGAGUUUACUUUUAACUUUCUUUACAACCACAUUUGGAGGAUAAAAUAUUAUUUAGUAUCUUAAUUUUUAUUUAACAUAAAUCUUCGUUAUUUGA